AUGGCUCUCGGACCUCGCCUUCACCGCCUCGUCGCCUUGUUUCGCUCGGAUCGCUCUCCUUCUCUUUCCCUUCUCACGCUCACUCGUGCUCCUGCUCUGCCGCUGUUCGCCCAGAAACUCGACAGGAUGUCUGCUCAAGAGCCGAAGUGCUGCGUAUGCGGCACGGCGACGACGAAGCGAUGCCAGCCCUGCUCAACCAACGGGAUCAGCCUCUUCUUCUGCUCACCGGAGCACCAGAAACUUGUCUGGAAGCAUCACAAGCAAGUGUGCGGAUCGAACGCCCACCCGCUUCUGUACCCAUUCCUCGCGCAGACUGAGGUCGACGAGAUCAUCGCGCACGCCCAUAUUCUCCUCGACAAGUCCACCCCGCUGCACGGCGCUAUAAACACAUUGUUGCGCGGCGAAGACUUUGCGACCUACGUUCACUCGCUUCGCUCCACACGAUCCGAUCUGCCGCCUAUCGACCAGCAGCAUGUCAUGUUCACCUUGCGAGGAGCGCUGCAGAUGGCGAAAGAACUGCUCAACGCGCGAAUGGAGCUGCCGUGGCUCCAGCAAUCGUUCUGGACGCACGUUGCGCGUUUCGACACGAUUGUUCUUCAGCACAUACAGCGGGGGGAAGGGAUGGCGAUGGAACAAGUGCCGGACUCGCUUGGCUGGUCCGCCUGCCGUCACUACGGCGUCGCCUUCCUCUCACUCGUCACGAGGCGGGCCGAGCAGGGCCAGAGCAGCGUACCCGACGAUCUUCUCUACAAGUCGUGCGACCAGUACCUGGAUGCGAUCGCCAGCCAGCGAAGCAUCAACCCGGUGGACGUCAACAGACUUCUCGCCGACCUCGAAGCCGAGCUGCGGGUCGUCUUCGGGGUCAAGUUUGCUGUGAUGAGCGGUGACUUGUUUGGAAGAGGAGACAUGAGAUGCUGCUCGCCAACCCGCCCGCGUCGGCCUUACCUCGCAAGCACUUCAUCAGUCCCUCCUUCCCUCCACCGCUCUGCCGACAGUCCCAGCGCCUGCGACCGCUCCUUGGCAGUUAUGUCGCCUCAGAAGACCUCGAGCUGUUGCGUCUGCGGCUCACGGACCGCGAAGCGGUGUGAACCGUGUUCUCGGGAAGGCGUCGACCUCUUCUUCUGCUCGCCGGAACAUCAGAAGCUCGUCUGGAAGCACUAUAAGCAAGUCUGCGGACCGAAGGCUCACCCGAUUCAGUACCCUGCCUUGUCGGAGGCGGAGGUUCAAGACGUGCUGUCCCACCCCCAGGUUCCUCUGACUGCGGAUGGCUUCACGCUCAGGCAGUUCUUGGAGCUCGAGUGGCUUCAUGGGCACCCCUUCGAGUCGUUCGUAUCGUCUCUCAAGGGUGUCCCUCCAUGCCUCACAGUCGAUCAGCAGCAGUCUGUGCUUGGCAUGCUUCGGUCAAACCUGCAGCUGGCGAAGGAGGCUCGGAACGGAGGGUGGGAGUUGCCUUGGUCACGACAGUCCUUCUGGACUCACGUGUCGCGUUUCGAUACUAUCAUCACGAGCCACAGGGCACGCGCCGACGGGCUGCGACCUCCCUGUAAACUCGACGACGGCUCGCUCAAGUGGUCGACGGUGCGGCACCAUAGCAUCAUCUUCCUUUCGCUCAUGUCGACUCGAGCGGAAGCGGGUGCAGACCUUGUGCCUGAUGAGCUGCUCUACCGCUCCUGCGAUUCCUAUCUCGACGCCGUCACCGACUAUCGCGCGCUGCGCGACGACGACGACGCAAAGAAGCUCAUUGCCGACUUGUCCGCCGAAGUGCGCGUCGUCCUCAAGAUGAAGUUCAUCGCCAUGGACUUUUUCAGCGGCACAUCAACGGAGAAGCGGUCUUUCAUUCGGUGCUUUCCAGCGAGCCAGUAG